AGUCGAGAGAUUACGAAGAUAAUAAACAUAUAAACAAAUAUUUGGGCCCUUCAUAUUUUUUUUGCAGAUAAGGUUUCGAAUUCCAUCUACCUGCUGUCUCCACGUAUUGUGGUCUCUCACAGAGAGAAAUGGCAGAAGCUGGGCAUCUUCUAACAGCUACAAAUAUCAACUCCACCAUUUCCAUUUCCACUUCAUUCAACAAUAAAGCUGCGCCCAAAUCUGCAUUUCACACAUUCAAAAUCAGAGCUUCUUCAAACAAAAAUGACAUCUCCUUGAGAAGAAGCAGCAAACCUCCACGGCGGCGUCUGAUCACGAUAUCGACAUCGGGAAGCAGAUGGCAGGGGAAGUGGUCCUGUGAUUACCUGCUUUCCCUGCAAGACCUCAGCUUGGAAGACUUAGUAGAAGAUGAACACAACAAAGAUGCAAAUGUCUUCAUCAACCUCUGCAUUGAGAAGCAUGCAAGUUUUGGGUUCACUGUAGAUGGAAAGAUCGUCACAUCAUUCACCCGAAAGUGCUGUACCUGUUCUUCACCAUACUGCAGAGAGAUCAAUGCAAACUUUAAUGUCUUGGUUCUGUCAUCAAACAGAGCCAAUCGAGAGAUUCAUCUUCCUGAAAUUGGAUGCGAUGAUCCAUCAGUGAUAUACGUCAAACCCGGACUUGAAGCUGAUCUAGAUUCACUAGUACGUGACACAAUUAGGCUUACCACCUCAACAAAGGACACUUGCUCAGAGUCGUGUGAGAAAUCUCAACCCACAGUGCAGUGUAAGUGGUCCACUAUCAUUCAAGCUCCCACACGUAACCAUAAGUUGGAACUAACAGAGGAAUGUUGCUUGCAGAUAUUGGAGCACAAAAUGCUGCGUCCAUAGACAAGAGGUGGUCCAGGCUUUUGGAGCUUAAAAAAUCUAAUGUAUAGAUAAUGUGCAAUAUAUACAUAUUGAUAGUUGUCCAUCAAGGCUUUCAAAACAUGAUUGUCCAUUGGUAAUAUUAAAAUAUGUGUCAUGGACCAUGGUUUUUAAGCCAGUAUCAUAAUGGAAUAGUGGUCGGCAUUUCAUUGAAAAGCAGUGGAAUUAGAACUUGUUAUGCCUUAUCAAUUAUAAUUCUCCUUCAAGUUGAAACCACGAGUAGAAGACCCAAUAAGUUACUACAAUUUGUAGACAACAUACUAUUGUUCUCUGUUUCACAAAACCAUUCAUCACACAAUUUAUGCCAUAGCUAAACCAACCAGGACAUCCAGCAACAACUGAAUGCUGGUUACGCAAGCUAAAGCUAAUGUAAAGUUACUACACAGUCAAUGAGAACUUCUAAAAUGGUCACAUAUCUCUUAUCCAGAAAAAAAAAA